AUGAAUUACCGGAGAGGAUUGGCCGAUGGUGAGUCGGCGUUGUUUAACUUUAACGAGUCAGAUUUCGAAGACAUUGAUGAUGAGGAGGAGGAAAACUUUUCUACAGUGCAGGAAGACAUUCCUGAAGAAGUAUUGCCCCGGUCACCUGAUGGUAGUGAGUGGGAAUCUUCAGACGAAGAGCCGCUUGUUUCAGUACAGCGAGUUAGGAGAUUAACAAAUCGACCGCUGCGAUGGGAUCAUACAAAUAACUUCCAGAGUUCUCCAAGCAAUAUUUAUGAGGAUCCACCAUUAGUUGAACCAACAAUCUGCAAACCUUCCCAUGAAUACUUUUGCCAUUACAUCAAACCUGAAUUCUUCGAGCAAAUGUCACACUGUACUAAUAUUUGCAGCACCUAUAGAACUGGAAGAUCUUUAAAUACAAAUUUAGAAGAAAUGCGAACUUUUGUAGGCGUUUCAAUGGUUAUGGGUAAAUGUAAAAUGAAGCAGGUCGUAAGGGGAAAACCGAAUCCUGAAGGAAUCAAAGUUUUUUUAUUAGCGAAUCCUAAUGGCCUUCCUUUGGACUUGUAUUUAUAUCAAGGAGGGGGGACCACUGUGGAGUCAGCACUUCAUCCAAUGCCAGAGAAACUUGAUCUUGGCGGUCGAGUUGUGUUGAAACUCGUAGACACCUUACCUAAACAUUCUUCAAUCUACAUUGAUAGAUAA